AUGGGGGCAGCUGAGUACGAAGACGACUCGAGGAUUGCUCGCUGGCGCCGUGUGCUGGACUCUCUGGAGGAGGCCAAUCUCAUCUGCCCCCUUGACAGGGGAAAUUUGUCGGCCAUCUCUCACCCAUUGGUCGCAGGCGGGGCGAUUCCAAAGGCGAAGGCCAAUCAAGUCGGCUGCGUCGCAAUUUUGACCGGCCUCUACAGUGGGUCUCAGGGACCCUAUGCAUUGAAUGUUCCCACAGCUGGGACAAUAUUGGACUGGUUGACCGAGGGGAAUCUUGGUGUCCUCUACGUCGUGGUGCACAGCAAGCACAAGAUAACUAAUUCUCCUCCACAGAAUGUGGCCAGCUUGGGGUUCUGCUGCAGGGACCAUUUGGAGGCCAACUUCAAGGUAUUCAGGCGGUCAACGAGGAAGGCCACCGACGCAGUUGGUGCAAGAGUGGUUUAA